AUGAUGAAUAUAACAAAUGUGAGCGACUAUGAAGCAAUUGCAAAGGAAAAAUUGCCAAAGGACAUUUAUGACUACUUUGCAUCAGGAGCAGAGGAUCAGUGGACUUUGAAAGAGAACCAAAAUGCAUUCUCAAGGAUCAUGUUCAGGCCACGUAUUCUUAUCGAUGUAAGCAAGAUAGAUUUGACAACAUCUGUAUUAGGCUUCAAAAUAUCAAUGCCUAUCAUGAUUUCUCCUACAGCCGCGCAAAAGAUGGCUCACCCUGAAGGAGAAUAUGCUACUGCUAGAGCAGCAUCAGCAGCUGGCACCAUCAUGACACUAUCCUCAUGGGCUACUUCGAGCAUGGAGGAGAUUGUUUCAACAGGACCUGGCAUUCGUUUCCUCCAACUCUAUCUGCUUAAAGACCGAAGUAUGGUUACUCAGCUUGUGAGAAGAGCAGAAAAUGCUGGUUUCAAGGCAAUUGUCCUUACUGCAGACUCUCCAGUCAUUGGUCGUAGAGAGGCUGACAUAAAAAAUAGUUUUAAACCGCCAUCAUAUGUGAGAAUGAAGAAAUUUGAAGGCAUGGAUCUCGAAAAGUUGUAUAAGACUAAAGACAAUGGUGGUCUCAUCUCUGUUGUUAAUGAACUGUAUGACCAAUCACUCACCUGGAAGGAUGUAAAGUGGCUUCAAACAAUCACCCCAUUGCCCAUUUUAGUGAAGGGAGUUCUUACUGCUCAAGAUGCACGGUUAGCCAUACAAGCUGGAGCUUCUGGAAUCAUUGUUUCUAACCAUGGUGCUCGCCAACUUGACUAUGUCCCUGCAACUAUUAUGGCUUUAGAAGAGGUCGUUCAAGCUGCAGAAGGAAGAGUUCCUAUUUUUAUGGAUGGUGGAGUCCGCAGAGGGACAGAUGUAUUUAAAGCAUUGGCUCUUGGAGCCUCUGGUGUAUUUAUUGGAAGACCUGUGGUGUUCUCGUUAGCUGCAGAGGGUGAAGCUGGUAUAAGAAAGGUGCUUGAGAUGCUUCAUGAUGAACUUGAAAUAACCAUGGCACUUUGUGGUUGCCCUUCACUUAAGGACAUAACUCGUAACCAUGUUGUGACAGAGCGCGACCACCCAAGAAUUGCUCCUAAGUUAUGA